AUUCCCUCGGAUUACGGGGUUGGCGUCAGAAAUCUGGGCAAAGAGCUCCUAGAUCGAGAUCCCAACAAAAGGCCACCAGCCGCUGAAAUCUUGAAGCGGCCAGUGAUCCAAGAAAUGGUUCGAAGGAUGCUGGAUGAAGUGAAAGGUGAUGAGGAGGGCGAAAAACCUGCGCCACCCGCACCACCACCCCCGGACGGCGGUGCCCCGGUUGCUGCUGUGGCUGGACCCUAUGGCAGUUUCGCUGGAAAAUAUAGCAAAAAUGAGCUGGUCGAGUACUACAGCGAGACACAUAGUGAAUGGUUGCCUGCUACCGUUACAGCCAGCAACGAUGACGGCCGUGUCCAGCUGAACCUGAAGCCAGGUGUUUGGAUCUCCUUGGAGAUCCAAGGGGCUAAAGUACGGCCGCGGCACACUGGGGCUGCCACACCUGCGACAGCUGCUCCGGCUCCACCAGCGGCGGCCAAUGGCGGGAAGCCCCCUGCUGGUGGCAGCAGUCCAGCGAGCAAACCACGAGCGCCCAGUGAGAAGAGGGACUUGCAGCGGCAAGCAAGUCGAGAUGCUGUAGGAGUGAGGGAUAACAGUCCACGACGUGGUCCCAGCCAAGAUCGCGGUAGAGGGCGGACGCCACAGGGAAGGGCAGCCAGCCCUUUCGGAGCUGCGGGCAUGCCAUCGGCUCGGGGAAACAGCAGAGGCAGAGGAUGAGUAGUUUGCCUCCCGACUUUGAGCCUAAAAUCGUUUGCGCAAAAUCGCCAAACCGUUUCACGCGGCAGUCAAGGGCUAAGCAGACUCUGGUGGCGAAAGGCUUUCCGGGCUCAUAUCCUAAUGGUUGAAUCAUGUUGAAUCUUGCUGCAUGUGGCCAUGUACAGAUUGUCUGCCACGUGUCCAAUUUGCCCCUUGUUUCAGUUCUCCGAAAUUCUUGUUUUGGAC